AUGGCACCAUCUCUAGCCUCCCUCCGUAUGAGCAUGAGCACAGCUCUUGUGGUGUCAGUAUGCGUCGUCGACUCCGUCACCAUCGCCUAUGAUGGGUCUCUCAUGGGUUCUUUGAAUGUCAUGUCAUCGUACCAAAAGUAUUUUGAGCUCACAACCGCUACAACGGCCGUCAAUACCUGCGCAACCUUUCUCGGAGCCAUCCUCGUUGGGCCUUUUACCGGCAUGCUCAUAGACUGGAAGGGACGCAAGGCCGGACUCUAUGCGUCUGGCAUCGUCAACAUUGUCGGGGCCAUCAUCGCCGGAGCGGCAAUCAACAUUGCCAUGUUCAUUGCCGGACGUCUCAUUAUUGGUGUCGGUGUUGGCUUGGGGCAAACGGCGGCUUCAACGUAUGUCGCGGAGACGACAGCACCUUCGAUCAGGUCGCUCGCUUUGGGACUGUACUUCUCCUGUUGGGCCGUUGGUGCCCUGCUGGCAGCUGGCAUUUCUUACGGUUCUUCGGCGCUUGAACCAUCCAACUGGGCAUGGAGAGUUCCUUCGAUUCUACAAGCUGCACCGCCCUUAUUCGUCAUGAUACUCAUCUACCUGGCCCCGGAGUCUCCCAGAUGGCUUGCCUUUAGGGACCGAAGAGAAGAGGCACUCAAUGUGCUGGCAAAAGUGAACGGUGCCGACACCAGCGACGAGAACGUACAAAUGCAAUUCAGGGAAAUCGUCGAGACUCUGGAGUACGAGAAGAAAAAGGGCCGUGCUAUUGGUUUCCGAGGAAUGGUUCGCAAACCCAAUCGGAAACGGCUACUCUUGGCAUUGUCAGUUGCGCCUCUGGCGAUGUUGACUGGCUCCAACGUAAUCACAUAUUACUUUGGCCGGAUGUUGAGCCAAGCCGGUAUCACCGACCCAACCACGCAGCUCCAGAUCAAUGUAAUUCUUUCUUCGUGGCAAUUGGUCGUUGCAGUCACCGGCUCUACGCUUGCCGAAAAGCUGGGCAGAAGAUUCCUCGCGCUUGGGAGCCUGGGAAGUUGCUCGCUAUUCUUUUAUCUCCUCGCCGGUCUAACAGCAAAAUACGGGACAUCGGGCGACAAGGCGGGAACAUACGGUACCAUUGCAUGCAUAUUUCUCUUCCUCGGCACAUACUCAUUUGGCAUUACGCCACUUACGGCUAUGUACGCCCCUGAAGUGCUCUCGUAUAACAUGCGCGCCAACGGUAUCGCGAUGCAGGGUAUCCUGAUCAAGUCUUGCGGUGUGCUGGUGUCGAUGGCGUUCCCGUAUCUUUUUGAGAGUAUCGGAUGGAAGACUUACAUCGUGAAUGCCUCGUGGAACAUUCUUAUUUGGCUGUACAUUUACUCUCAGUGGGUGGAGACCAAGGGGUUGACGUUGGAGGAGGUUGACGUUUUGUUCGACAGCCAAAAGGUUGUUCAGACUAUUGAGGAGGGGGUUUUGAAGCCAACUACUGAAGAACGUUUGUGA